AUGAAAUACCUAGAAGAUAGUCUAUCAAUGUUAAGAAAGAUUCAUCAUUGUGAUGCUCACCCAGAUGUUGCAAGGUCACUUAACAAUGUAGGUUUAGUGCAUAGACAACUAGGGGAAUAUACUAUUGCCAUGAAAUACCUAGAAGAUAGUCUAUCAAUGUUAAGAAAGAUUCAUGGUAGUGAUGCUCACCCAGAUGUUGCCAUGUCACUUAAUAAUGUAGGUGAAGUGCACAGUCGGCUAGGGAAGUAUACCACUGCCAGUGAAUAUUAUAAAGAUAAUCUAUCAAUGUUAAGAAAGAUUCAUGGAAAUGAUGCUCACCCAGAUGUUGCAAGGUCACUAAACAAUAUAGGUUCAGUGUAUGAUAGCAUGGGGGAGUAUACCACUGCCAUGAAAUAUUACAAAGAUAAUCUAUCAAUGUUAAGAAAGAUUCAUGGUAGUGAUGCUCACCCAGGUGUUGCAAGGUCACUGAACAAUAUAGGUUCAGUGUAUAAUAGCAUGGGGGAGCAUACAAUGGCCAGGAAAUACUAUGAAGAUAGUUUAUCAAUAUAUAGAGAGAUUCAUGGAAAUGAUGCUCACCCAGAUGUUGCAAAGUCACUGAACAAUAUAGGUUCAGUGUAUGAUAGCAUGGGGGAGUAUACCACUGCCAUGAAAUAUUACAAAGAUAAUCUAUCAAUGUUAAGAAAGAUUCAUGGUAGUGAUGCUCACCCAGAUGUUGCCAUGUCACUUAAUAAUGUAGCUGAAGUGCACAGUCGGCUAGGGAAGUAUACCACUGCCAUGAAAUAUUAUAAAGAUGAUCUAUCAAUGUUAAGAAAGAUUCAUGGUAGUGAUGCUCACCCAGGUGUUGCAAGGUCACUUAACAAUGUAGGUUUAGUGCAUAGACAACUAGGGGAAUAUACAACUGCCAUGAAAUACCUAGAAGAUAGUCUAUCAAUGUUAAGAAAGAUUCAUGGUAGUGAUGCUCACCCAGAUGUUGCAAUGUCACUUAAUAAUGUAGCUGAAGUGCACAGUCGGCUAGGGAAGUAUACCACUGCCAGUGAAUAUUAUAAAGAUAAUCUAUCAAUGUUAAGAAAGAUUCAUGGAAAUGAUGCUCACCCAGAUGUUGCAAGGUCAAUAAGCAAUAUAGGUUCAGUGUAUGAUAGCAUGGGGGAGCAUACAAUGGCCAGGAAAUACUAUGAAGAUACUUUAUCAAUAUAUAGAGAGAUUCAUGGAAAUGAUGCUCACCAAGAUGUUGCAAGGUCACUAAACAAUAUAGGUUCAGUGUAUAAUAGCAUGAGGGAGUAUACAAUGGCCAGGAAAUACUAUGAAGAUACUUUAUCAAUAUAUAGAGAGAUUCAUGGAAAUGAUGCUCACCAAGAUGUUGCAAGGUCACUAAACAAUAUAGGUUCAGUGUAUAAUAGCAUGAGGGAGUAUACAAUGGCCAGGAAAUACUAUGAAGAUAGUUUAUCAAUAUAUAGAGAUUCAUGGAAAUGAUGCUCACCCAGAUGUUGCAAGGUCACUAAACAAUAUAGGUUCAGUGUAUAAUAGCAUGAGGGAGUAUACCACUGCCAUGAAAUAUUACAAAGAUAAUCUAUCAAUGUUAAGAAAGAUUCAUGGUAGUGAUGCUCACCCAGGUGUUGCAAGGUCACUUAACAAUGUAGGUUUAGUGCAUAGACAACUAGGGGAAUAUACAACUGCCAUGAAAUACCUAGAAUAUAGUCUAUCAAUGUUAAGAAAGAUUCAUGGUAGUGAUGCUCACCCAGAUGUUGCAAGGUCACUUAAUAAUGUAGGUGAAGUGCACAGUUGGCUAGGGAAGUAUACCACUGCCAGUGAAUAUUAUAAAGAUAAUCUAUCAAUGUUAAGAAAGAUUCAUGUUAGCGAUGCUCACCCAGAUGUUGCAAGGUCACUUUACAAUGUAGGUUUAGUGCAUAGACAACUAGGGGAAUAUAAAACUGCCAUGAAAUACCUAGAAGAUAGUCUAUCAAUGUUAAGAAAGAUUCAUGGUAGUGAUGCUCACCCAGAUGUUGCCCUUUCACUCAACGAUAUUGGUGUAGUGUAUGAGUGCAUGGGGAAGUAUACAACUGCCAUGAAAUACCAUAAAGAUAGUCUAUCAAUGCGUAGAAAUAUUUAUGCUAGUAAUGCUCACCCAGAUGUUGCCAAUUCACUCAACAAUAUAGGUAAUGUGUAUAAUAACAUGGGGGAGUGUAAGACUGCCUAGAAGAUAGUCUAUCAAUGUUAAGAAAGAUUCAUGGAAAUGAUGCUCACCCAAAUGUUGCAAGGUCACUGAACACUAUUGGUAUAGUGUAUGAGAGCAUGGGGAAGUAUACCACUGCCAUGAAAUACCAUAAAGAUAGUCUAUCAAUGCGUAGAAAUAUUUAUGGUAGUAAUGCUCACCCAGAUGUUGCCAAUUCACUCAACAAU